GAAAAGAGAGAGAUAUAGAUGACUGAGGGAAAAGAAAAGGAUUAUCAGAAGAGAAUACAAAAGGGAACCAAAAAGACCCAAAAUCAAAGCUAAAGAUUUUGAUCAAAAGGAAUACAAACCUUUUAUACUUCGUUUUUGGAGUGAUAUGCGUGGGGAAGAUCAGCAAGAGGAACAUCAUCAGCAACAACAGGAGUGUUCACAAACAAUUGAGAAUAUGUUUCAACAACAGCUUCUUCUCCACCAACACCUACAAAACAACAACGACGACGACAACAACAACGGAGACCAUCAUCAUGGAACUGGAAGAGGGUUAAUUUUUCCACCCGAACUCGUGUCGCCGGUUCUCCAGCCGUGGUCGUCGUCGCUUAACCCUUUUAUGAUCCCUCCCCCGCCAUCGUUGCCAUGUUCAUCAUCAUCAUCCUAUGGUGGUUUGUUUAACCGGAGACCACCUAAUUGUGUUCAGUUUGCUUAUGAUGGUUCCUCUUCCGCGGACCAUCUAGGUCAGAUCAUAUCCACCACGCUUGGACCCGUGGUUCAUCCUGGCUCCAUGGCUCCCUUUGGGCUACAAGCUGAGCUUGGCAAAAUGAGUGCUCAAGAAAUUAUGGAUGCUAAAGCUCUUGCAGCUUCUAAAAGCCACAGUGAAGCUGAGAGGAGGAGAAGAGAAAGAAUCAACAACCAUCUGGCUAAGCUCCGGAGCUUACUCCCUAAUACCACUAAAACGGACAAAGCUUCACUACUAGCCGAAGUAAUACAACACGUGAAAGAGCUAAAACGGCAGACAUCAUUGAUAGCAGAAACAAGUCCAAUCCCAACAGAAGUUGACGAGGUAACAGUGGACGAUGCCUCAGAGGAGAUGAUGAUAAGUGGAGCCAAAUUUGUAAUAAAGGCUUCCCUUUGCUGCGAGGACCGUUCUGAUCUCCUCCCGGACCUCAUCAAAGCCCUCAAAUCCUUGCGUUUAAGAACCCUCAAAGCUGAAAUCACGACGCUUGGUGGGCGUGUAAGAAAUGUGUUGUUUAUCACAGCUGAAGAAGAGCAACAACAUGAUCCCGAACAGCAACACAAUAUGAGCUCUAUUCAAGAAGCACUCAAAGCUGUGAUGGAAAGAACAGGAGGGGAUGAUUCUUCUUCAGCAAAUAUCAAAAGACUAAGGACCACAAAUAACAUCAAUAUCCUUUGAUUUAUGGGCUCUUUUUUUUUUUUUUU